GUUCUUCAUAAGACAUAUUGGUUCUUUGGUAAAGACGACAUGUCUUGUAUAAGGACCAUUGAAAGCAACGCUUGCUGGAAGUUCAGGGAAGCGUUCGAGUGCUUUGGAGUUGAAAGUGCUACGCACGACUAUAGUUCCUUGUUCUGCUACACUCCAACAAUCAUGGAGGAAAAUGGAUUGUCAUGGAGGACUUGGCAGCGUCCAGGAAGUCCGAGCUGCGUGGCAAAGAGGUGAAGACACCCGACCCCGUCGAGACGCCACUCUUCAGAUUGAUGCGCAUGGGGCUCUUGUUCAAGGCAGAGGUGGAGCUGCGGAGGUUGGGGCGGAUGCCCAACGGCCUCAGCGUGAACGCGAGUGAGGAACAGUUCGGAUGGGGGUUGCUGCACUUUGCCUGCCACAAGGGAGCUGCAGGCCUUGUGGACUGGCUCCUCAAGCAGAAAGCCAGGACGGACCUGGUGGACAGCGAGGGCAACACACCCUUGGUGCUCUGUGCCAAGUCCAACCACGUCGAGGCCAUGGAGUUGCUGAUGGCUCGUGGUGCCAGCAUCACACAAAGGACCAAGGAAGCCAACUUCACACCGCUCUUAUGGGCAGCUGCAGGUGGACACAUCCAAGCCGCCAAGUCCUUACUGGAGGCCGAUGCAGAGGUGGAGGAUCGCGAUUUGGAAGAUCGCACCCCUCUGAUGUGGGCCGCGCGGCAUGGGCACCUGAGCGUGGUAAAGCUCCUGCUCCGGCGAUGUCCGGAUUUGACGCAUCGCGACAAGGAAGGCCUCGCCGCGCUCGACCAUUGCCGCGAGCACCUGGAGAUGCGCGCGGCGGUGGUUCUGGCACAGGAACAGUGCCAGCGCCUGGCCGAUGGCGCACAGCGGAACGAUCUUCCGUUGGUUGAACAUCUUCUCCAACAUGGUGCCCUCCCUCGCUACAAGGACGCCGGCGGCUGGACGCCGCUCACCUGGGCGGUGCUGCAUAACUCGGCGGACAUGGCCCACGUGUUGGUGCGUUACGGAGCCUACCCGGAGCUCAUAGGAGAGAACUCUGAGCUCGGACAGCAGUUGUCUCGAAGAGGGCGGCAAGUUGGUGCACGUUUGGCCUCUGUCUUGGGUGCGAACACGCGGUUGUUGGAUGCAGCACAGGCCUCCAACUUCACAGAUGCUCAAGAAGCCUUGGAGCAAGGAGCUUGUCCCAAUGCCAAGCAGGGCCACGAUGGUGGAGGAGGAGGACUCGCACCCCGAUCGAAAGGCCGCAUCUCAGUGGCUGAUCGCCAGGACGAGAUCCUGGCGGGCGCCGAAGAGGCGGUGCGCUGCGGUGCCGAGCCCAUGGGAGAAGGCGCUGGGCGCAAUAUGACGGCCACUAUGUGGGCGGCACGCCAUGGGAAUGCCGACUUGGUCCGAUUGCUGGGUCUACACAAAGCCGACAUGAACCUUCGGGACGCGCGUGGAUGGACGGCGGUGCUGUGGGGCUCGCUCACCGGCGAUGCUGAGACCAUCGCUGUUCUCCAUCACUUCAAGGCAGAGCUUCACCAGAAGAGCUGGGAGGGCGAUUCAGCCGUGCACCUUUCUGUCCGCUGUGAUCAUCACAUCGCUUUGCAGCUUCUACUGGCCGCCAAGGCAGAUGUGGAGGAGAAGAGCAUUGAAGGCCAUACACCACUGCACUGUGCAGCUCUCUUUGGUAGCACCAAAGCCAUGGUGGUGCUCCUUCACUAUGGUGGUAACCCUAGCACCCAGGACAAGCUCGGGCGGCUGCCGAUGUUUAUUGCUGCCUGUGGCACCUCUCCAAAAGCCUGUGAGGUCCUUUGUGCCGGAGCGCUGGAGGCGUUGCCGCAGUUACCGGUGGAGCUACCAGAACCUGAGGAGGAAAGGCCGGGGAGCUCCAAAGACGGCAAGGCGAAGGCAAAGGCUCAGAACGGCAAGUGGAUGACGAGCUCGGCUCCCCUCGCCAGUGUCGCUCCGCCGAGCAGGAGCAACCAGCGGCCCAAGACCCUCCUGAACCCCUUGGGCGCGGCUGAGGGGUCUGAGGGCCCCUCCGCCGUGUCAUCUCGGAGAAGCUCCCACGACAACGCCUCUGCCAGGUCCGGCUCCCGCCGCUCCAGCGAGGCGCAGCGCACGGGGUCACGACGGAAGUCCCGGGAGGUCACCUCGCGCGACUCGCGCAGACCGUCGCAGUCGAAGGUGAUGGGAUCCAAAGAUGAGGCCAGCGUGACGUUGUCCGAUGGCUUCUCCAAGGAGAUACCCACAUCCAAGGAUGAGGCGUGGACUUUGAUUGGUCAAGAGCUGCUACUUCUGGCCGCUCAACGACGGCUUCGGAAGAUGUCGAAGCCGACGAAAGGUCCAGGAGUGCAACGGCUCCUCGACGCCAACUCGAAGGGAGAGACUCCGCUUCACGUGGCGGUGGAUGCUGGGCAGUCCUUAGGUCACUUCAAGGUGCUCAGUAAGCUGGUGGAUUUGCAGGCCAAUUGCAACGCCCGGGACCGGCAUGGGGAGACGCCUUUGAUGCGCGCGGCGGCGGCCAACUACUCGGAGGCCGUGGAGAAGAUGUUGCGAGAGCCUUCCACCCAGGUAGACUUGAAGGACAACAGAGGGCGAACGGCAGCCCACUUGGCUGCGGACCACCCGAGCCUCCGCGCGACACUGGAACGCGCCAUGGUGCAAGCGAGGACUGGCAUGGGGAAGAGCAAGGGUGCAAGCUUUACAGCAAAGCCAGCCCAGACCUUUCAACCUGAUGAUGCAGUUUUCAGAGUCAGGAUGGAGAAGCUUCCGACGAAGAUGACGCCAGAGGACUUGGAGCGAAAGAUCACGUUGCUGCUGAAGAAAGUCGUUGUCAAGCCCGUCCACAUGGAGGUGGUGAUGGAUCCCAUUCUGGGUCGACCCCGUGGGCAUUGCUUCAUCGACUUCUUAGACUCCAGGUCCUCUGAGAAAGCCCUGGAAUUGGAUGGAUCCGAUCUGCUCGGGCUCUUCCUGCAAGGGAAGCAGUCCUUCUCUGUGAGUCGGUACCGAUCCUUCACCCAUAUGGUGAGUGAAGCCGAGUGCCGCGAGUCCAAGGCCCAACGCUUAAAAGCGUGGCUGAACACCGCUCGAUGUCGCCUCAGUGAAGAGGCCUACAAGCGCUUCCGUGCCACUCUUCCAACCCUCCGACAAUGCGAGGAGGCACAGCCGGUCCUUGAGAAGCUUGCAGAGCUGUUGGAUGGAGCCGACUUCCCGGAAGGUGAAGAUGCUCGACAAGCCUUCCACACAGGCUUUGCUGAGAGUCUUCCUCCACAUCUUAGACCGAAGUGGAAGCUCCUGCAGGUGCAAAGGGCCCACGCCGCCCAAGGUACUGAAACCUUGGGGCUACUCCAACGCAGUGCCGUCUUCUGCAAGCGCCUCGCUCCAGACGAGCCCGAGGACGACACCCGAGGCGUGCGAAAACAGCGGACCGAUCGGACUCCACAGGCGAGUGGCGCACCCAAGCUGUGCACCAUUUGUCACUUCGAGGCCCAGAGGCCGGAGGUGUCCGCGCUGUGCGGCCACUUUGCGUGCAAGGCCUGUUGGCGGGAUUGGCUGCGGGAGAAGCUCGAGUGCCCGAUUUGCAGGGCAAAGGUGCGCGAACAGAACCUGAUUGAAUUGAAGGGAUGGGAAAAUUGUUGA